CUACAGAACAACACGGUAGUACGGUACAACUGACUUCUCACUACUGUAUUGUUGUUUUAUCAGUCAGUUUUAUGUCCUAUCUUGCGUGUUCGUUUUCAAUGUUGUCGUUCUUGCGAAUUACGAUUUUUUGUAAAUUCUUUUUGAACAUAAGUUAUAAUAAUUACUCAUGUUAGUACGUCUAUGGUGUAAUUCUAGUGAAACUGUUGAAGUGUACCUAUAUACUAUGGUUAAUAAUCAAUAAUUUUCUUUUAAAUUAUGUUUGAAACGUGAAUUUUAUACUAAACUCUGUUAAUCAGUGCGUCUACCAAAAAAAAUAAGUAGACCUAUUUUACGAAUAUACCAUCUGGAAAGAGCAUGUCAUUCAUGAUGGUUGACCGACUGCCUGUUCCUAAAUUAUCUACAUAUAUUUCGGCUACUGUAUUAUCCAUUUCAGCAGCUACCUACUAUUCAGUUAAAUACAGCUUUGAUGCAUCACAUGAAUCAAAUUCUAAUAUUCAAGUUGAUGAAGAUCCGACAAAAACCGAUCCAAUGGAUGUAUAUUAUGAACAAAUGCUUAAUGUAUUGGCAUUUAUGUUGCAAGAUCCUCUAUGCUUUUUGGUUCUUUGUAAUGGUGCAAUUUGUAGCAUUGUGAUGAUAGGCGCCGUUAUACAGUCACUGGUUCUUGGUAACUUAAGACCAGUAGAACACGUACAAUUUCGGGAACGUUUAUGGAACUGGGUUAUCUACAAAUUCAUUUUUAUGUUCAUAAUCCUCAAAGCUUAUACAUUGGAUAAAGUAGCUCUUUGGCUAUUUUGGUAUUCUACCCUAGGAUUUCUUCAUUUGAUGACCAGUUUGUGUAAAGAUCGAUUUGAAUAUAUGUGGAUGUCUAUGGGUACUGGAGCUAGAGUGAACUGGAAAUAUAUUCAUAUGUCUGUACUUUUAUCUAUUGGAUUUAUAUUUUCUUUGUUGCUGUUGAAUUUUGCAUACCUUGUUGGCCUCACACUAUCAAAACAUAUAUUUGCUUUUAUGGUCAUAGAGUGCCUGAUGUUGGCUGGAAGUAUUGUCCAUAUAUUUCUCCGACAUUAUAUCCAACUUUUUCAUCGAAACUCUAUCAACCAUACAACCAGUCCUGGUAAAUUGAUUUACUACGCAGAAUUAGGUUUGGAUCUCGGUAUACGUGUGAUGGAGAUCCUUCAUUAUUCACAUGCUAUUAUAUGGACCAGUUCAUAUUUAACUAUGGCUGGUUUUGUAAUAUUUAUGCAUAUGAGACAACUGAUAAGUGAUAUUCAAAAACGACUACAAAAACAUAAGAACUUUCUUUGGGUCCAUUCUCAUCUAGAAAAAAAUUAUCCUAUGGCAACUGCCAAAGAAUUGGAUACAAAUUCUGAUAACUGUGCAAUAUGCUGGGAAAAAAUGGAUUCUGCUAGAAAAUUGCCUUGUGGUCAUUUAUUUCAUAAUGGAUGUUUACAAUCUUGGAUGGAACAAGAACCAUCAUGUCCAACAUGCAGAUUGUCAUUAACAUUAGGUCACAAUCAAAGUAUGCCAACAAAUAAUGCUGGUCAAGAGUUGUUGAUUAAUCUUGCUCAUCCUCACAUGACUCACAUGCCUCAUCAUUUUUUCCACUUCGAUGGGUCUAGAUAUUUAUCAUGGUUACCAAGUUUUUCUGUUGAAGUAACACAUUCUCUAAGACCACCUACAAGUCAAAUACACACUUCACAAAUGGAAACAAUGGCUCGACAAGUUCUACAAUUGUUUCCACACUUUACUAUGAAUUCGAUUAUUGAAGAUUUAUCAACUACUCGUUCUGUUGAUUUAACUAUUGAUAACAUAUUGGAAGGUAGACUGGUAGCACCUCAACAAUUUGUAGAAGAGGAACCUGUUAUCGUCGAAACUGUACCAAUUGUUAACAGCGUUGAACAAUUUAUCAAUACAAAUACACCUGCUAGCUUUAACACAAAUAUUAGUGAACCCGCAAUAGAUGGACUUGUGAGUAUGGGCAGCCAGUUUUCUAAGUCACCCGAUGAAAGAGAGAAUAUGCUAAGAGCUCGAAAACAGGCAAUGAUUAUGAAGGCCAGACAGAGGUACAUGAGCAAAGAUGGAGACGGUUCAUCAAAAACUGACUAAUCAUGGCAUUGUAAAGGCACACACGCGCACGCACGCACACACACACACACACACACACUUACACAAAAGAAAACUAAGACUGUGAUUAGAAACCCAUUAUUUGAUUUUAAUUUAAAAUAAUACACAUAUGGUUCAGGAUCUAAAUGUCCAAUUCAAAAUUUCAAUCCGCACAAAUGUCCAAAAUAAUUAUUUGUCCAAGUAAUUGAAAUGUCCUCAAAGGUAUUUCUAAAAUGAUAACUAUAUAAAAAAAAUUGAUAUCCAGACAAGUGAACAUUGUUGAUGUUGGUUAUCCUACUCUGUAGAUUAUGUCUACUCUGCUCUUAAUGUCUUUAUGUUUGAAAAAUACUUGUUCAUCAUUGAAUGUUUGUGUUUCAUUCAUAUUUCCUGAAUUUUGAGAUACUUUCACGUAAACUUAUUACCUUUCAUUAAGCUAAAACAAGUUAUACAUACACUUUGAAUUAAAUAUCCUUCUUUCAGUAGACCCCCUUAUAUAUUGUAUAACACUAACGAGAAUUUAUUGACCAGAUUUCUAUUUGGGGUUUUUUUUCAUUGUACAAUUUAAUUAAUGUGGACAUCUUUGCUUUUGGACUUUUGGUAUAGGUGAAUAUUUUUCCAUUCAUCUACAUAUUUGGAUAAUUCUAACCUAAAACUAAAUUAUAGGUAAUUCCUAAUAAAUAUCAAGUUUUAAAAAUUGGCUUUCUGACUCCGACUUUAAGAAAGUAAUAAUAUGUACGAUAUUUGACAAUUUGUUUUUAAUAUUAUUCUAUACUUUUACUACUUCAAUUGUGAUUUAAGUCUCACCCGGGAUUAUUUUACAAAGCGAAUAUUUUCAAUGGGUUAAAAUGUUGCUAAACUAUUUUUAAAUUUAUUAUUAUUGCAUUUAUCAAUUAAAAAUGGAAAAAAUAUAAUUUUAAUUGUAUUUAUGGAUGUAAAAAGAUUAUAAAAACAUAUUGUGAAAUUGCUCAGUGUAAUUUAUAGUUUCAACAAACAUUUUGUCAAAAUGGAUAGUGAAACAUGUUGAUUAAUUUAAUGGGCCAAUUAUAUAUGUAUAAUACACAAUGUAUAGGGUCUUGCAUGUAUGAUGGGUUACCAUUACAAAUUCAAGUUGAGUGAUUUUUCUAUAAAAUGUAGUAAGUUACUGUUAUCAAUAAUUAGACUUUGGUCUCACACAUUUAUCUAAUAUAAUAUAUUGUACAUAUAGUGUUGUAAUACAAAAGUAUUUUUUAAUUAUUAUUAUUAUUAUUUUUUUUUUUUUAAUUGGAGUAUUUGUCAGAAUGUUUAAAAAGUACAAUAGUAAUACAAAAUUUCAUAUUUAGGUAAUUUAGAAAAAUGAUUUACUAAUGUAUACCUUGGCAAGCACCACACAUAUUAUGUAGGUGACAUAUUUAUAUAAGAUAAAUUAUAUUUUGACUGUUGAAAAUUUCACAGAAUUAAAUAAUAGGUAUUAUGUAUAUU